AUGGCAUCCGUUCAGCAGCAACCCAAUGGCAACGGCACGGCAGUACGGCCCCCACAGUCAGAGCACGAGGGCUCCAAGGAAAACAUAUUCCUCUUUAUCCCAAACUUGAUCGGCUACUCGCGCGUUUUCCUCGCCUUGACAUCGCUCUAUUACAUGCCUCUGCACCCGCGCACAUGCACCCUCCUCUACAGCAUAUCCUGUCUUCUCGAUGCGCUCGAUGGCUACGCAGCCCGCAAGUACGAACAGAGCACCAAGUUUGGCGCCGUCUUGGACAUGGUCACGGACAGGUGCACAACAACCUGCCUGCUCGUCUUCCUGGCACAGGCUUUCCCCCGGUGGAGCAUCGUGUUCCAGCUGUUGAUUUCUCUCGACUUGGCCAGCCACUACAUGCACAUGUAUGCCACCUUGAGUAUGGGCGGCAGCUCUCGUAGCCACAAGAACGUCGACGAGAGCAGGAACUGGCUGCUGAAGCAGUACUACUCGAACAACAAAGUCCUCUUUACCCUCUGCGCCAUGAACGAAAUCUUCUUCAUCGCCCUUUACCUCCUGUCUUUCAGCUCCCCCUACCUCUCGCCCACUCUCUUCUCGGACCCGAAGAACCCUUCUUCCCUCAAGCCCGGCUCGCCCGCCGCCCCGGAACCGUCUCUGUUCUUUGCCAGUCCUUUCUCGGCUGCCGCCAUGGAGAUGGCGCGUGCCAACAAGAUGGACUCUACGGUUCCUUGGAUCUUCAUGGUGGUGUCGCUGCCAUUUAUGCUCAUUAAGCAAUGGAUCAAUGGAGUACAGAUGAAGACGGCGAGCCAGUGGCUUGCGGAGGGCGAUCGCGAGGCAAGGAGGCUGGCGGGCCUGCCCAGGAAAGGCAGCGCGAAGAAGAGCCAGUAA